AUGAAGAUAUUGGAGAAUUACAUCAUUGGGAGAUCUGCUUCCCCAUUAGAAGAUUUAGCAACCUUCAUUGAAGCAGUUUUCGAUGAUUGCCUUUUCACCAAGCUUGCGUGUUUCUCAUCAGAAGGAGCAAUAAACGAUGGAUCUUAUUCCCUUUUGAAAAACGCGCUUGGGUGUUUCCCAUUAGAAGAAGAAGCAAUCUUCGUUGAAGCUGCACUCGAUGAUUGCCUUUUCACCAAGCUUGCGUUUCUCUCAAUUAAAGAAGGAGCUGACUGA